AUGGAGUCAUCUAAAGAGACAGGAUGUCGAGCUCCAGAAGACCCCGUCCACUGCAUCAACGACUGUGAUUUUUUCGGUAUUGCAGCUACGAUGAAUAUGUGUUCCAAGUGUCAAAAGGACAUGAUACUACUGAAGCAGGAACAUACAAAGCUUGCAGCUGCAUCCAGCAAAGACGUUGUACGCAGAAGCUCAAGCAGCGAUGAAUCAGAACUUGCUCUUGCAGGAUUCAGUUGCAAAUGUGGUGAUAUUUUCUGCAUAGUUCAUCAUUAUUCUGACAAACACAACUGCCCAUUUGAUUAUAGGAAUGCUGGUCAGAAUGCAAUAGCAAAAGCAAAUGUUAUCAUCAUAGCAGAAAAGCUUAAUAAGAUCUGA